CUGACGCGCCACAACGUAACAGAGACGCUACCCUCACUCGUCCCACAGCUGACUGAAGUGUGUGUGAGAGACAUUGUGAAAGAAGGCACAAUGAAGGAAUCCAUCGAGGGGAUUGAGAGGUUUGACAGUCCGGGGAAAGGACGGGGGCUCCGCGUCACCAAAGCCUUCAAAGUGGGAGAGCUUCUCUUCUCCUGUCCGGCGUACUCCUGCGUGCUGUCGGUCAAAGAGCGGGGCUGCUACUGCGAGUUCUGCUUCAACAGGAAGGAGCGCUUGGCAAGAUGUGGCAAGUGCAAGAAGGCCUUUUAUUGCAAUGCCAGCUGCCAGAAAGGGGACUGGGCCAUGCACAAACUGGAGUGCUCAGCAAUGAUUGCAUUUGGAGAGAACUGGUGUCCAUCAGAGACGGUUCGCCUGGUGGCCAGAAUCCUGGCCAAGAAGAAAGCGCAGAAGGACAGAUGUGCGUCUGAGAAGCUGCUGCUGAUCGGAGAGAUACAAUCACAUGUGGAGGAUAUUGACAAUAAGAGGAGAGAGAUGAACGAAGGAGACAUCGCUGGUCUGCAUCACUUCUACUCAAAACACUUGGACUUCCCUGACCACAGUGACCUGCUCUUGCUUUUCUCACAGGUCGCUUGUAAUGGUUUCACUGUGGAGGAUGAAGAACUGUACCAUAUGGGCACUGCACUCUACCCAGAUGUGGCACUCAUAAACCACAGCUGUCUUCCCAGUGUCAUAGUCACAUACAACGGGACGAUGGCUGAGGUGCGGGCGGUGCAGGACAUGAAUCCUGGGGAUGAGGUACUCAUCAGCUACAUAGACCUUCUCUAUCCAACAGAUGACCGCAAUGACAGGUUGAGAGAGUCAUACUACUUCACCUGUGACUGCCAGGAAUGUAAAACCAAGUCCAAAGACAAAGUGAAGUUGAAAGUGCAUAAGCGGUCUGACCCCAUCAAUCCGGAGGUCAUCAGCAACAUGGUCCGCUAUGGGAGGAAUGCCGUCAGAGAGUUUCGAGCUGCCAAGCACCAGAAAUCUCCCAGUGAGUUACUGGAGAUAUGCGAGCGGAGCCUUGACAAGAUGGGAGCAGUGUUUGAUGACUCCAAUGUGUACAUGCUCCACAUGAUGUACCAGGCCAUGGGGGUGUGUCUCUACAUGGAGGAUUUGGAUGGAGCCAUCAGCUACGGCGAGAAGAUCCUCAAACCUUAUUGCCAGCUGUAUCCCGCCUACUCUCUGAAUGUGUCCUCCAUGUACCUGAAGCUGGGCAGGCUCUACCUGGCACUAGACAGACACUCUACGGGGCUCAGCGCUCUCAAGAAGGCUCUGGCUAUAAUGGAGGUGGCUCACGGGAAGGAUCAUCAAUACCUCACAGCGCUGCGCAAAGAGAUAGCUUCUCAAAAAUGAAGAGAAAGGGGAAAAAUGAAAAUAUGGCCUGUCCCAAUGGACUGCAUCCACUGCAACAAAUGGAGCAUUCACAGAGCUAUAGGCACUUUCUUCUUUCAUUAGUAUGAAGCAAAGAUGGAGUAAGUUUUUAUGAGUUGAUAUUUAUCUUAGGACAGCUGUAAAAUUGUAUGUAUGGACACUAUGAAGUUGUUGAGUGCAGAAUACUUUUGUACUAGGCAGAUUUUAAUGUUCAUGUGUGGGAUAUUAUGUCAAUGAACUUUGUUUUUUCCCAGUUG